UCCGAAUUUCCUUAAUUAUUGGAACAAGUUUAAAAUCAGUAAAAUACAUAUUCUCUUCAUACUGUGCACUAAAGAGUUCACGAAAAAACUUGUCCCAAGCUAAUGGUCCAAAGCAAGCAUAUACCACUCAGAAAUGAAUUCCGUUCCAACUGGAGCCUUAACGUCAAACGUCAACCGUGCUGCUGAAGGUUAUAUUUUUCCAUUUUCCACUUUUGGGACACAAACGAAGCUUUCACCACCAUCAUCAGGAGCAUGCGCAUGAAUGCACACGAGAAACGCACCGAGGGCCAAGAAUCCCGCGACAGUUUUCGGCAGCAACUAGCAACUACAGGCAUUUGGACAACGUGCGAUUGGUUUGGUGCAACUUUCAUUCAUCAUGUGAACAGUCGAUUGAUUUUCCACUUCUGCCAAUAUUUGGAGGCUGAUCGAGAAGAGUGUUAGAAGUGGAGUGAAAAAAAAACGGAAGCAGCUUACGGGUGGUUCAUCACAUUGCCACAUCGUUUUGGGAAAUCUGACCCAUCUACAGCUUGAGGCAGGAACUGUGAACGAGUGCAGAACGGCCAAACGAUUCAGUGAAGAUAAAAUAAUUAGUUGUUUGGUGCUUCUGUGCGCUCCAUUAAAACCGAAUGAAGUGGCAUUAACUGUGUGUCUGUGUGUGCUUAAGAGUGAAAAUCUAAUCUAAAAAUCACGACUACGGUCAACGAAACAACGUCACAGAACGUUCCGGCAAACCGAAGCAGGUUAAUAAGAUAGCGCGAGAGCCCGCCUGCAAGAUGUGCACGAGAAUCCGUAAGGGCAUCAUCAACCCGAAUUAUCCGGGUUUCCAGUCGCUGGCGUACACGCUGAACGAGGACAACUUUGACUACAGCUCGGAAAAUCCUUCCGACGAUGAUGAAGACUCGUACGUGUCGGAAUCAGACGACAAUGAAAUGAAGCAGCGCGACAAGGAGCCGGAACAACCGGGCGAUGAAAAUGGUAACUCGUACGGUGACAAUAGUCAGGUGGUGGUGGAGGGAAAUGUGCAUCCAAAUUCCACCAUCGACAUACCGGUAGUUCGCUCUAACCUGUAUCACCCAUCAAUGAUGACGACGUCGCUGGAAUCGGAGGAAUUCUUCCCGUCGGAUUCUUCAUAUCGUCGUACACGAAUGCAUCACAUCACAGAUGGUCGCAAUUCUCCAACGCUUACAACCGCCAUGUUUGACACAGAGGAACAGCUUGAAACGACGUUAAUCUAUGCCUGCACUCCACCGGACAUUGUUCUCCAGCACAGCUACGAUCACCGUUCGAUCGGUUUCGGAUCGUCUAACGAAUUGGCGAAUGUAACGCUGGAACUGUCAACCAGUCAAAAGCCAGAUCUAAUACCGGAGCAACAGUCAGUAGAGCAACGAUCGUUGAAGAAGCAUUCUGAACUGGAAACAUUGGAGAAGCUAAACGAUCAUUCGGAACAGGAUCGUUCAAGAGCCUCGCUUACGAACGUUAUUGGAAAUGUUACGAACGAAAAGGAGGACGAUGAAGGUGAGCAUGAUAUGGAACAAGACGAUCAGGACGAUCGGGACGCUGAAGGGAACCGAUCACCACCAUCACCAGCAAUCGAGCUCCUUCAAGCCGUUAGUCAGAUCUCGAUCACGGCUCAUGAUAUCUGUAGCAACUUGCAGCCGGAAGCAUCAUUACACUCGGAUAACUUAUUGAACGAUCGCUAUGGAUCACCUACAGCAGGAGAAGUAUUGUCGGAAGAUUCGGAGCAAGAGUCGGAUGAGGGUGAGUUCGAAUACAAACCGUAUGAAGAUGCAGAGGAAACAAGGAAUUCCUGUGUAACUUCACCCCGCGACGUACCAGCUUCCGAUGACAGUGGUGACAGUGCUGGAUCAAGUCCGGGAGAGGUGCAGUACCAUCUGGUAGACGAUUGUUCAAACCAAACGGUACAAAUUACCCGCUCACGUCAAACGAACGAUCAAUCACCUACGAAUCCUUUUCAUCUACUGCAACACUACUCAACAUCCGGCACUAUGGACUACCACAACAAUUCAACCCAGUUGACGAAUGUGCUGGAGCACGAAAUUAAUCGUAACGACUACUACAGCUCACUGGCGGGGCAAUCCGCUCCAACAGAUCCCUCCGGCGAAUGUGGACGUCAAAAUGGAACCCAUUAUGGUCGAAUAGCAAACCGGAAUGAAACAGUAUCGUUCAAUGAUUAUUCUGAUGCACGUCCCAGCACAUUACAACUCACUCGAAGAGAGGCCAACUUUUCAUCCUACUCUGCUCAUACUGCAGGUGAUAUUCAAACUUCUUCAUACAAGGAAAAGAAGAAUCCUGACAACAAUCAAAGGCAUAACACAGAUAGGGUAGUUCCUGCAAAUCAGUUCCAAAAAGUUCCGAAAGUGAAUCCAUUCUGUGAAGCCCUUCUCCAGGAGAACGACACGUGCGAUUUCUUCACAAAGCAAGCCAAACUACAAAUUGAGGCACGGAUGGCACUCUGCCAGGCAAAGGAUAUGGCACACAUGCAAAUGGAGUUCGAAAAGCGAAGCCUGCCACUGUCUCCCGUGACGAGGGUGAUUCACACCGCCGUUGAAAAGGCUGGGCUCAGUUUGGCACCCGAUAAGCGACGCCUUUCGCGGUACUACCUAACCCGGCUUAACGUGCAUCAGCUGCAGACAAUACUUACUGAGCUGCAGGGACAUGCGGAGGUGCUCAAUGAGGAGCUGGUCGAGCUGUUGAUGGAACGGGACGAUUUGCACAUCAGCCAGGACGCCACGCUGAUCGAUAUAGAGGAUCUUUCGAGAUAUCUUUGUGCCAAGGAACAGACGAUCAUUCAUGCUGAACGUCAGCGUAAGAGCCACUACUGGAGCGGCAAUCGUGUGGCGCACCAUCAGCCACCACAUCCGAAGCAACCCUCCUUACCACAACCACCGAUACGAUCGACGUGCGGUACCGCGAUCCCAGCAUAUCGUUACCAUUAAAAGUGCGAUCACGCUGUUGAUCGUGAAUUGGUUUAGGUUAGGCAAACUCCUCAAAAACACACACACAGAGAAACACAUCGUUAAAUAAUAUAGAUACAAAUGCGUUAAACAAGGUAAAAUAACACAAAAAUCAUGCAUAAACAAUACAUACAAAACAAAGUGGACCCAAAAAAACUACAUAUAUAGAAACAGUACAGUGUGAAACUAGAACAAUCCUCGGUCAGCCACAGCCCCAGCAAAGGUGGUAAGCUAAUGCACAAAAAACUAUAUAUGCAACAUUCCCGCCCCACGACGCACAGCAGCUCCCAGGACAAAACACAUAUACACUCUCAUCCCCAAAAAAAACCUGCAUUGAACUGCAUAGUGCAAUAGUGCAACGUGAGCAGUACGAGCAACUCACCUUGUGAUAGAAUAUGCCUGCGCUAGAAACAUGCUGUACUAGAAACGGUGGCCAGUGUACUGCACCUCGGCAAUACAAACUAAAACACAAUCAUGCGCCACGAAUGGCAUCACUAUACUAACCGUUCCAUCAUCAUGCCCCAUCAAACUCAAACUCUAACUAACAAUCAACGCUCUGGUGAUAAAGGAUAAUACUGCAAAUUGUUGUCUCUAUUUUUCGAUAUCUAAAAAACUCCUAAGCUCUUUGCUGUACUUAAACGUAUUGCAAAAACGAAAAAGAAACUGCAAACUAUUCAACAUACUCUAACAACACUUCCACCUUUACCCUGGUACAUGCAUGCUCUCCAACGUUGCUACUAUUUCCUUCGUUAAAGCGAAUAUUUGUUGCAAAAACCAAACAAAAAGGUGAAAAUGAAAGUUUAACAAAAUAAAUGGUAACAUUUUCACAAUGAA